AUGUUUCCGCUUUUCACUGCAAUAUUCUCAAUAAUUUUCAUCUAUUUUCUUUACCGAACCGUCAUUUUUUUCACCGAUCUCUAUCGAAGGAAAACAUUGGCAAACAAACUUCCAAGAACAAGCGAUGAACAUCCAAUUUGGGGUGUCGCACCGAUUUGGGCAAAAUUGGACACAGCUGGCAUCCUUGAAUGGGAAUUAAAGAAUGCGAAUGAAUUGAGAGAUCAAGGACACGAUGUUUGGUGUCUCAAUUUUGCCCAUGAAAACUUUAUCUUGCCACUUACUGGAGAAAGUAUAAAGCCAAUCCUUGAGUCAAAAAAUGAGAUCACAAAGGGGCUUGGCUAUGAUUAUAUUACAGAAUGGCUGGGAACGGGAUUGCUUAUCAGUAAGGGUGAAAAAUGGCAACAACGACGCAAAUUGAUCACUCCAACUUUUCAUUUUCGACAUCUUGAGAACUAUGUGAAAACUUUUAAUAAUCAUUCAAAGAUUUUUGUGGAAGUUGUAUCUGAAUUGAAUGGAGAAGAAUUUGAUGCAGUUCCAUAUAUAAAAAGAUGUGCAUUAGAUGUGAUUUGUGAUGCAGCAAUGGGAGCAACAGCUGAUGUUCAACAUAACCCAUCUCACCCAUACGUUAUGGCAAUCCGAGAUAUGCUUUGGAUAAACACGGAAUAUAUGUUGAAAUGGCAAUAUUGGUUCCCGCCAUACUAUUAUUGGUCAGGAAUGGCUAAAUUAUACAAAAAUUGCUUGAAUAUUUUACAUACUUUCACGAAAAAGAUCAUUGCUGAACGAAAAGCGAAAAGAGCAAAUGGCGAAAAGACAAGAGGAACUGAAACCAAUUUCCUUGAUAUGUUGUUGGAGCAUUAUGAUGCAGGAGAAAUCGAUGAUGAAGGAGUGAGGGAAGAAGUGGAUACAUUUAUGUUUGAAGGUCACGAUACAACAUCUUCCGGUGUUUCAUGGGCUAUUUGGUGUAUUGCUCAUCAUCCAAAAGUUCAGCAAAAACUUUACAAUGAAAUAUUAGAAGUGAUUGGUGAAGACCAAGAGGAAAUCAUCACAACAGAACAUCUCAAAAAGAUGACUUAUCUAGAUCAGGUAAUGAAAGAAGUCUUCCGGCUAUAUUGCCCAGUUCCUCAAGUAAAUCGAAGACUUCAAGAGGAUUUUCAAAGCGGACCCUAUCUUUUCCCAAAAGGAGCUGUUGUAACAAUCGCUCCCAUAUUGCUUGCAAGAAACAAAAAAGUUUGGGGUGACGAUGUUCUUUCAUUUGAUCCGGAAAGAUUUUCGGAAGAAAGAGAGUCAAAAAGACACCCAUUUGAUUAUAUUCCAUUCUCUGCUGGACCGAGAAAUUGUAUUGGUCAACGUUUUGCUCAAUUGGAAGCAAAAGUAAUGGUGUGUUGGUUGGUGAGAGCGUUUGAUUUCUCGUCAAAUCUUCCAUUUGAAUCAAAUCGGGCAGGUACAGAAGCUGUGUUAAGACCGAUGAGUGGAAUUCCUAUAUUCGCCAAAAGAAGAAUU